UUCUCGCAGUUUACCGCCUCGCCAUUACGCUUUUCGCAAUUUUCCAACAUCCAUAGGUUACAUUUUACGCGGUGUUACAGAUGCUGCUGCCUUUAAUCACCUUUAUGGAUGUUAUGGUUUGAAAUUGGCAAUUAGAAUUUCAGUCUAUACACCAUGGUAGACGAAGCAACAAAAUCAACUUUAGCCAAAAUUCCUCUGUUAAAAACCAAAGCAGGACCACGAGAUGGUGAUUUGUGGAUACCAAGACUCAAAGAAGAAUACCAAGCAUUAAUACAGUAUGUACAAAACAACAAAGAAAGUGAUAAUGACUGGUUUAGGCUGGAGUCCAAUAAAGAAGGAACUAGGUGGUUUGGCAAAUGCUGGUACAUUCAUGAGUUACUCAAAUAUGAAUUCGACAUUGAAUUUGAUAUUCCAGUGACAUACCCUACAACUUCUCCUGAAAUAGCUAUUCCAGAGCUAGAUGGAAAAACUGCAAAAAUGUACAGGGGAGGCAAAAUCUGUCUAACAGAUCAUUUUAAACCUUUAUGGGCACGUAAUGUUCCUAGAUUUGGUAUUGCACAUGCUAUGGCCCUUGGGCUUGGACCAUGGCUGGCUGUGGAGAUACCUGAUCUAAUACAAAAGGGAGUUAUAACACACAAAAGUAUACUUCAAGAUCAACCUGCUUUAAGUUGAACUUGGUGCAUUUAAAAGAUCCUACUCUUCUUUAUUUGUCAUAAAAAGGCAUUUUAAUAAAGUAAAGGUUACUGCUUUCUG